GAUGUGUUCGGCUGAUAAGCUUCUUACUUGUAUUAUGCUGAGCCUCUCCUAGCUCUGACAUGCGGCUCUCUCCAAACCCCAGAGUCAGCGCGUCUGCGUGCGUUGCGCGCAGCUGGAGGCUCCGCAGGCGCCGAGCAGGUUGAGGCCGGCUUGAGUCAAAUCAUGAGUUCCUCCGGAAGGAACAACCUCUUCUACCUCAGCAGCUGACCAUGCUGGAGCCAUCACGGCAUAGGCAUGAAUCCCACAUAAGCUCCUGUUUGGACUCCGAGUCACGAUGCCGUCCCGUCCACGGAGACUCGCACGCCAACGUGUUGUCUUCUUCCUCUUGGGAUUGCUGCUGUGUGUCCUCUACGCUCUGACUCUGAAGGUCAGGCGGGCUGACCACAGAGUCUCAGUGCCGUCAGCGCUCGGAGACGGAGACAAAGUCAAGGUGAAUGUUCGGGAGGUUGUGGAAGAACUCCCAGAGAGCACAGUGCCUCCUAUAGAAGUCAACAGGACAGAUAUAGAACAAUGUGUCUAUGUGGAGGCCGGACCUCUCCCGACUCCACCUGUGACUGUGACUCCUCCACCUUCGAAGCCUUCCCAGAAACAGGGGGAGUACCCAGAGGACCUUUUCAGUGUGGAGAAGAGGCGGCGGGGCUGGGUGGUGCUGCACGUCGUCGGUAUGACCUACAUGUUCGUCGCCCUGGCCAUUGUCUGCGAUGAGUUCUUUGUUCCCGCUCUGGAGGUCAUCACCAACCGCUUGGAGAUCUCCGACGACGUGGCCGGCGCCACCUUCAUGGCUGCUGGAGGCUCAGCUCCGGAGCUCUUCACCUCCCUGAUCGGCGUCUUCAUCUCCCACAGCAACGUCGGCAUCGGCACCAUCGUGGGCUCGGCCGUCUUCAACAUCCUGUUUGUGAUCGGAAUGUGUGCCAUCUUCUCGCGGGAGAUACUGCACCUGACCUGGUGGCCGCUCUUCCGGGAUGUGACCUUCUACAUCGUGGACCUGUUCAUGCUGAUCGUCUUCUUCCUGGACAACAUGAUCCACUGGUGGGAGAGCGCCAUGCUGGUGCUGGGCUACAUCAGCUACGUCAGCUUCAUGAAGUUCAACGGUCGCAUCGAGCGGGCGGCCAAGUCGCAGCUCAACAAGCACAUGAGCGUGGUCAAAGUGUGGAGCGCCGCAGAGCCAGAGAAGGAAAGGGAAGCCACACCUCCCUCUGGACCUUUGGCUCCUCCUUCUCUGGGUUCAAAACAGCACUCGAGAGAAGAACCGGACCAGCCUCUGAACCCACAGGUCAUCAGGCCACCAGGUCCACAUGAGGACAAAACAAGACCCAAGGUUCACCCUGUGCUUCAGCGAGGGGGCAGCUCUGCUUCUCUCCACAACACAUCGUUGAGGAACACCAUCUUCCAACUAAUGAUUCACACACUUGACCCUCUUGGAGAAGACACAGUGUUAAAGGGGUCUGUCAGGAACCCAGGCCUGGGUCGGUCCUUUCAAGAGACGUCCUUUAACGGUGAUGUGAGGGGGGAUGGCUCAGUCAGGAGAAGUGAUGAUGAUGACAAGCUGAAAUCUGAGUCGUGUGCGGCAGGAGCACCAGGAUGCGGCGCAGCAGAACCGUCCACUUCACAGCAGCCUCAUGGAAAUGAGCCACAAGAGAAGUCAAAGGCAGAAGGUUUGAGGUCGGAUGUGUCUCAGACCAGCACCGAAGAAGAGAGCGGGGUCGGCGAAGCAAGCGAUGGCGAAGAGAGCGAUGAUGAUAAUGGAAAGGAGGAGGAAGAGGAGGAGAAUGAGCCGCUGUCACUGGAGUGGCCAGAGACAAAACGCAAGCAGGCCACUUAUCUCUUCCUUCUCCCCAUCGUCUUCCCACUGUGGCUCACGCUGCCUGACGUCCGCAAUCCGGAAUCCAGACGUUACUUUGUGGUGACAUUCCUGGGCUCCAUCCUGUGGAUUGCAGUCUUCUCCUACUUGAUGGUGUGGUGGGCGCAUCAGAUCGGAGAGACCAUUGGCAUCUCGGAGGAGAUCAUGGGUCUGACCAUCCUUGCAGCUGGAACGUCCAUUCCAGACCUGAUCACCAGCGUGAUAGUGGCCCGCAAGGGUCUCGGGGACAUGGCCGUGUCCAGUUCUGUGGGCAGCAACAUCUUCGACAUCACUAUCGGUCUUCCCGUCCCCUGGCUGAUCUUCACUUUGCUACACCGCGGUGCGCCCGUCGCCGUCAGCUCCAACGGACUCUUCUGCGCCAUCGUGCUGCUCUUCCUCAUGCUCCUCUUCGUCAUCAUCUCCAUCGCUGUCUGUCGCUGGAAGAUGAGCAGGAAGCUGGGCUUCACAAUGUUUGCGCUUUACUUUGUAUUUCUGGUUCUGAGUGUCAUGCUGGAGGAUCGGAUCCUCAUCUGCCCUGUUUCCAUCUGAGACCGGAGACGGGAACAGGUGCCCACUGGGCGUCCACCUCAUGGGCAUUCAGUGGUACAGUAGAAUUUGGAUUUUUUUUACUAAAUAUGCAAGUAAAUCUGUCUCACUGUACUGGAUUGAAUUUCUAUCAUUGAGUAGCUUUGUGCUCAACUACAUUUGUCUUUUCUUUCUUUCAAAGUGAAUUUCAUAAAACUUUUAAAGAAAAAUGAAUAAAUAAAUAAAAUUAAUUAAAUAAAAAUACUCAAUCAAAUCAAUUAAAUAACAACUUCUGGGUUUUUUUUUGGAGAAAAAAUCAAACUUGAAAUUCACUUACUAAACUUACUAAAAAUAAAACAUUCAAUGAUACAAAUUUAAUAUUAGAAAGUCUGGUGAGUCAGAUUUAGUCAGGAUUCUUUGCCCACCUGCAUUUAGACUUUAAACCUUCAGUUGUUUAACCUGAUUUACACGCACUUAAGCUGCAUGACGGACAAACUUAGCAGCGACUGUACCAGAAAUAUUGGUGGAAUUACGGCACCCACAGGUCACAAAGUGCUUUACAGUUUUAACUUGAACACGAUAUUUAAGUAAAAACAAAUUUAGCAUGUGUCAUGUUUGGCACUGGGAAGUCUGCCAUGAAAAUAAUAAUAAAGAAAUAUUCAAAAUUAUUGUAAGUUUGCAAUAAUAAUAAUAAUAAUAAUUGUGUUCUGCAACUACCGGAACACAAGAGAGAUAAACUCUAUUUUGUCAAUCAUCUCUAACUGACUCUUUGAGGUUCAAGUCCAUAUAGGACAUCAAUUCAAAUUUUAGUGUCGCACCGAUGCUGAAUGAAAUUUCCACUAUCACUUUCUGACACCAGACAAAACUGAAAAAUGGAUGCAACUUAAGUGUUGUGUGUUUACUUAGCUAUAUUAAUUCGUCCUUGUGUGUGUGUGUGUGUUAGGUGCUACAGAAAGUAACGUCCAGUGAGUCGAAAUAAGGACAAAGGUUGUGCGUCUGUCAGUGUAUGGUGUUGUAGCUGUGUGAACAGAACAUUACAUGUGUUGUGUGUCGAACAGUGUGACACAUCACAGGCUCCUGUUCAGACAGCUCAGCCAGUCAGAGCAGAGGAACGUGGUGAGGGAAAGAUAAGUAAGUGGUGGUUUUCAGAGGAUUCCUCUUGAUGCUCUGAGCUGCUGAGCAGAAGAAGCCUGUGAGGAUCUCACACUCUUGUUGCAAUUAUGUUUUGGACAUGAAACUCAUCACUCACUGUUGGAUCCAUCAGGAUGUUGGUCAACGUUUUUAUUAUUUUAUGUCGCAAUAAAUUGUUAUUUUUUAACUGUUAAAAAGUGUGUUUAUUGAAGAAAUGAACCUUUUCAUUUCUGAUACAAAAGAGUCGAUUUGUGAUGGGUUCACAGAACGGCUUGUGUAUUGUUGAGCUUCAGUCAGAGAGCACAUUCAUUACUGUAGACUUUUAUUUACAAUAUAUCGCCAUGAAAUUCUCUGUACAUACGUGACUCGUCCACA